ACCUUAACCAAUCCAAUUUCAGACACUAAGCGUCGCUGGUCGCCCGCCAUUCUCUCGUCGCCAUAUUGAAGUUUUACUUAAGCAUAUAAGCGCUGCCUUGUGCGUUAAAUCGAUAUAAAUUAAUAUAUUUUUACUUAAUCACUUGAAAAAGUAAAUAAUGGCUCGUACAAAGCAAACAGCCCGUAAAUCCACAGGAGGUAAAGCACCUCGUAAACAGUUGGCGACAAAAGCGGCGCGAAAAUCAGCGCCCAGCACUGGGGGGGUCAAGAAGCCCCAUCGUUACCGCCCUGGUACAGUCGCUCUACGUGAAAUCCGUCGUUACCAGAAAUCUACCGAAUUGCUCAUUCGUAAACUGCCAUUCCAGCGACUUGUAAGAGAAAUCGCUCAAGAUUUCAAGACUGACCUUCGUUUCCAGUCUGCCGCUAUUGGUGCUCUUCAGGAAGCCAGUGAAGCAUACCUUGUUGGUCUCUUUGAAGAUACUAACUUGUGCGCCAUCCAUGCUAAACGUGUGACUAUCAUGCCUAAAGACAUCCAGUUGGCCAGACGAAUUCGUGGAGAACGUGCUUAAAUUAAGAUUAGUUUACUUUAUUAUAAAUUAUUUGUAAUUCAAAUAGACAUAAUAUCUAACAUUUUUUGUAUGUUCACAGUUUCUUCACCUUAAGCAUUGUAAUCAUUGUAAUUAUAAGGCGUCAGAACUGAUUUUUUUUAAUAUUGUGGUUGUAAAAUGUAAGUUAGAUUAUGUACAAGAUACCAAUUUAGGUGACUGUAUGCUUUUUAUUGUCAUCUUGUACUAACAAAAUGUUUAGUGAUUUGUGUUAGUAAAUGGAUAAUGUUGAUAAGUAUUCAAGAAGAAACAAAAUUGUAUGCACUUCGGAUGAGUAAGAUACUUGGUGUUAAAUAAAUAUAAUUUUAGUCUUACA